CAAAUGCUCUUCUUUUUGGUGGGUUCUCAGUCUAUAAAUAGGAAGGAACAUGGUUCCUCUAGUUCAUCCUUUUUUGAAAUAAUUGCGCUUGUAAAUCUAGUCUCCAUUCCCUCCUAGCUUCUCUGUUCUUCUUUUAGAGGCUCUUCAGCCAUGUCAAUCUUAACAGACUUGCUUAAUCUUGACCUGACUGAUUGCACUACAAAGAUCAUCGCUGAAUAUAUAUGGGUUGGGGGUUCAGGGAUGGACUUGCGUAGUAAAGCAAGGACAAUUUCAAGCCCCGUAAAUAGUCCUAAACAGCUUCCAAAGUGGAACUAUGAUGGUUCCAGUACUGGACAAGCUGCUGGCCAUGACAGUGAAGUUAUUCUCUACCCACAAGCAAUUUUUCCGGAUCCCUUCCGAAGAGGAAAGAAUAUCCUUGUGAUAUGCGAUACGUACGCUCCAGAUGGUACUCCCAUAGCUACCAACAAGAGAGCUGCAGCAGAGAAGAUCUUCAGUAACCCGCAAGUGGUUGCAGAGGAACCCUGGUAUGGACUUGAGCAGGAAUAUACCCUGCUCCAGAAAGAUGUUAAGUGGCCUCUGGGAUGGCCAAUUGGGGGCUUUCCUGGUCCACAGGGGCCUUAUUAUUGUGGAAUUGGUGCAGACAAAGCAUGGGGAAGGGAUGUGGUGGAUUCUCAUUACAAAGCUUGUCUUUAUGCAGGGAUUAAUAUCAGUGGAAUCAACGGUGAGGUCAUGCCGGGGCAGUGGGAGUUUCAAGUGGGUCCUUCUGAGGGCAUUUCAGCUGGUGAUGAACUUUGGUGUGCCCGUUACAUCCUUGAGAGGAUCACAGAGAUUGCAGGGGUAGUUCUCACUUUUGAUCCAAAGCCCAUACAGGGAGACUGGAAUGGAGCAGGAUGCCAUACAAACUACAGCACAAAGUCUACGAGGAAGGAAGGUGGGUAUGAAGUAAUUAAGAAGGCUAUUGAGAAGCUUGGGUUGAGGCACAAAGAACAUAUUGCUGCCUAUGGCGAGGGUAACGAGAGGCGCCUCACCGGUCAUCAUGAGACUGCAGACAUCAAUACUUUCUCUUGGGGAGUUGCAAACAGGGGAGCUUCUGUACGUGUGGGCCGGGACACUGAGAAGGAAGGGCGUGGUUACUUUGAGGAUCGUCGCCCUGCCUCCAACAUGGACCCCUAUGUGGUGACAUCCAUGAUCGCAGAGACCACCAUCUUGUGGAACUCUUAAUCAUUAUUCAAGCGCAGCUACAGAUGUCAAAAUAAUUAUAUUCAUGGGCCUUGUGUUAGACCUGGGGAGCCAUACAUUGUUUUUUACUCUUUAUUAUCAUUAUCAUCAUAGCAUUAUUCCAAUUAUUUGGGGUAAAUAGCAAAAAUGAUGGCUUGUGCUUUUUAUUUACUAAGAAUAUAAACUUGUGUUCCGAUAUUUGUCCGUGUAGAUGCUAUUUGCUUGUG